GCCUGAGCUUUGAAUAAAUUCCGCCAGACUGGUCGCCGGAAACUGGGCUUCUACUUCCGGGUCGGGGCCAUGGCGGUGGCAAAUUCAAGUCCGGUCAAUCCGGUGGUCUUCUUUGAUGUCAGCAUUGGCGGCCAGGAAGUUGGUCGCAUGAAGAUCGAGCUGUUUGCAGACGUGGUGCCUAAGACGGCGGAGAACUUUAGGCAAUUCUGCACUGGAGAGUUCAGGAAAGAUGGUGUUCCGAUCGGAUACAAAGGAAGCACCUUCCAUAGGGUCAUAAAGGAUUUCAUGAUUCAGGGUGGAGAUUUUGUUAAUGGAGAUGGUACUGGAGUUGCUAGCAUUUAUCGCGGUCCAUUUGCAGAUGAAAAUUUUAAACUUAGACACUCGGCUCCAGGCCUGCUUUCCAUGGCAAACAGUGGUCCCAGUACAAACGGCUGCCAGUUCUUUAUCACAUGUUCUAAGUGUGAUUGGCUGGAUGGGAAGCACGUGGUGUUUGGAAAAAUUAUUGAUGGACUUCUGGUGAUGAGAAAAAUCGAGAAUGUUCCCACGGGCCCUAACAAUAAGCCCAAACUGCCAGUGGUAAUCUCCCAGUGUGGGGAAAUGUAAUCUAGACCAAGACUGAACUAGGUAACAAUGGAGGUUAAAGGACAACUUUUUAAAGUCUGUUCUCUUCUACCCUGUGGUCCCUGGGAUCAUACUGAGACUCAGCAGCAAGGAUCUUAACCCUCUGGGUCAUCUCACUGGCCUGGAGUCUUGUUUGUUUAAAUAUUUAUUAUGUAAAUGGUGUUCUGCCUACAUAUGUCCCUGCAGGCCAGAAGAGGGAA